AAAAUCUCAAUCUUGGGCACUAGCUACAAGGUUUUAGACACGCUGCAGUUUUGGACAUCAUGAGCGGCCCUGCCGAUGCAUCAAAACGCGAUCAGGCCCUGAAAGCCAUUAACGCACUUAAGAAAGAUAUGGAAAAUCUCAAAAAGUUAACUGAUCUGGCAAACCCAACCGAACGCAAGCUCAAUGAUCUCCUCUCGAGUCUGGAUGCUUACUUUAAGCCGGGCGCUGAUAGUCGUGGUGCAACGUCGGGUAUGCAACACUGUACCAAUCAAGCCACUACGGGAGUUAAUGCAGCUCUGAAAAAGCUUCGUGAUACUCUGACAGGAAAAACGCUUCGUGAUAUUAUCAAAUCGCUGACCCCAAUAGAGAAAGAGAUGAACGAAGCUCUCGAAACUCUGAAGAAUCACCUCGAAAAGUGAGGGGAUAAGAAGUAACAUAUAUAUAUAUAUAGUACAUGAUGAUCAGAGAGAUCAUGAUAUGAUCACUAUAUGUGACCAUCUCCAUAUAAAAUAUAUUAAUAAAUAAUGAGGAGAUGGUCAUUAAAUCACAGCUUUGAUCAUAUGUACUAACUAAUUAGUCUGUAUCAGUUAUAUAUGUUUGUUGCUUGACGUUGUACUGUGUACGUACGUACGUACUAGCUAGUUUGGUUUGGUAUUUAAUUUCAAAACGCAUGCAUGCA